AUGACGUCUAAGCUUCCGUUCGAGCUCAAAAAUUCCGGGCUCUUCAAAGAAAAGUCUUACGUCAAUGGAAACUGGGUAGAAUCUAAAUCUGGAAAACGAUUCGACGUUAUUGAUCCAGGAAGUGGCAAAGUAUGGGCAUCAGCUCCAGACAACAAUGCCGACGACGUCGAUGUCGCCGUAAAAGCCGCUUACGUAGCUUUCGAGAGCUACAAAAAGACGACGCCCAAAUCCAGAGCGCAAUUGCUCCUCAGAUGGGAUGCUCUUAUUCGAGAAAACAGGGACGACAUUGCUAAUAUCGUCACGUAUGAGACUGGAAAGCCACUUGCGGAGUCUCAGGGCGAGUUGGAUUAUGCAUUGGGUUUUACUUGGUGGUUCGCGGGUGAGGCGGAGAGAGUCACGGGAACUAUUCAGACACCUUCGGUUCCAGGACGGAGAAUCUUGACUGUCAAGCAGCCUGUUGGUGUUGUUGCUGCUCUUGUGCCGUGGAAUUUCCCAAUUGCUAUGGUGUUGAGAAAAGCUGGUGCAGCAUUGGCAGCUGGUUGCACUCUUGUAGUGAAACCCUCACCCGAAACACCACUUUCCGUAUUAGCCCUCGCAAAUCUGGCAGAACAAGCUGGAUUCCCGAAAGGUGCCUUCAAUGUCCUGACAACGAGUCUGGAAAAUACGCCACCAUUGAGUGAAGCUCUAUGUCGCCAUCCGUCUGUAAAGAAAGUCACAUUUACUGGAUCGACUCGAGUUGGCAAAUUGGUAGCAAAGCACUGCGCUGACGGUCUCAAAAAACUUACUUUGGAACUAGGCGGCAACUGCCCCUUCAUAAUCUUCGACGACGCAGACCUAAACCAAGCCGCCGACGCACUCAUGGGCCUCAAAUGGCGACACGCAGGCCAAGCCUGUAUAACUGCCAACCGCGUCUACGUCCAAAGCGGCGUCUACAAAGCCUUUUCCGACCUCAUCGCCCAAAAAACAUCCAAAUUAGUAGUCGGUCACGGCUCCGAGAAAUCCUCAACAAUGGGCCCGGUAACCACGCCCCAAGGUCUCACGAAAGCCGCCAACCAAGUCGAAGACGCCAGAAAACAAGGCGGUCAGAUCAUCCUCGGCGGAAACAAGAUCGAUGGAAAAGGCGGAUAUUUUUUCGAGCCCACGAUCAUCACGGGUGCGAAGAAGGAGAUGUUGAUUACGUCGGAAGAAACAUUCGGUCCCGUCUUAGCGCUUUACGAGUUUCAGGAUGAGGAAGAAGCUGUGAAAGCAGCGAAUGAUACGAGUAUGGGUCUUGCAUCCUAUUUCUUCACGAAGAAUGUGGAUCGUACGUGGCGGCUGUUGGAGAAUUUGGAGGCGGGCAUGAUUGGGAUGAACACUGCACGUUUAGGAGCCAUGUCAGCGGCGGAAUCUCCGUUUGGAGGGAUCAAAGAGUCGGGAUAUGGGAAGGAGUCCGGGAAGGAUGUUGCUAUUAAUGAGUAUCUGGUAACUAAGACGGGGACUAUGACGCUUGAUGGACAUUUUUAG